UCAGUAAGAUGUGUGCGCUACUAAAAGGGUUCCUAUGGAGUUGUAUGUUGUGCUGCCUCCUAGCGGACGCUAGCACAGCUCAACAAGAUGUCACCACAACGCUGAAAAAGAUCCGCGAGUGCAUCGCGUCGGAUCAAGCGAUUCUUUGUCUCAAAGAACGUGCGUUGGACGCGUUGAACGAAACCACACUAAGUGACAAACCGAUCACUAUCUAUGGAGUGAUUGACAUUGUCAAGGACCCUGCUUUUGUACUCAACGACACUUUGGAGAGCAAUUUCCUACCGCGGGAUCUCAAAGCGCGUAGUGCGAAACUCAACGAUAUGAUUUACGAUAAAGUCGAGGAUUUCUUAGGAUCGAGGACGAUUCAGAUCCGCUUGGGCGACAUCUUUGAAGGCCGAGCGAAGAAGGACAAGAACAAAGGUGGCAUGUUGAUGAUGGGCGGGUUGGCUAUGGCUGGUAUGAUGGCGCAGCUAUUCAUGGGGAAGAUUGCCUUCAUGGCAGGCGCAGCGCUAUUACUAGCGAAACUCGCCCUGAUGUUAUCCACUGUAAUUGGGUUCAAAAAGUUAUCGGGAGGAAGUGGUGGAGGUGAGUCGACGCAAGUAGUGUACAGCGCCGGCGCAGACAGCGGGGGUCAUAGUCAUGGCGGAUGGUAUCGGAGUAUUGCUGGUGAUGAACCGGAAAAUGUCGAAAAUGAUCCCUAUAGGGCACAUGUUCCCGAAACUGUUACUUUUAAUAAUAAAAAGAACUCUAUCAAAAUGGUGCGAUUGACGUGCGCGUUGGUGGUGUUAGCCGUGGCGGUUUCAGCUGUUAUGGGCGCGGAUUCAUUGGACAACGCUGGGGUACGGAUCGCCCUUCGAGUGUACGACGAGUGCAGUAAAGCGGACGGAUUUACGCCAUGCCUGAAAAAGAAAGCCAUCACCUUCCUCACCCGUCUGGGACGUAUGGAUAAGUUCAGCCUGGGUGAAGGUAUCAAUGUGGUGCGAGCUGAAGAUGCUCCGGUUGCUGAGAAUACCAUCUCUGAGGAACAACUCGAGAAGACCCUACCACGUGCUGCUGAUGCCCGCGAUGCUGCCUUGGAUGGCAUGUUGAUGGAUAAACUUACCACCUUCAUCAGUUCCAGAAAUGUUCAGGUUACCCUCCCGAAAAUUUCCGGGGAAGAUUUUGGACUUGAAGAAGGUCGUGGAAAGAAAAUGAAGGGAAUGAUGCACGGUAUGAUGAUGGGUAUUGCCGCCAAGAUGGCUACCUUGAUCCCAGUCUCCAUCGCUGGUCUGUUCCUGCUUGCUGGUAAGGCGUUGAUCAUCGCCAAGAUUGCUCUGUUGUUGUCGGGCAUCAUCGCCAUCAAGAAACUGCUCGCUUCCAAACAAGGAGGUGGUGGUGGUCAUGGUGGCGGCUGGUCAUCCGGUGGUGGCGGCGGUCACAGCGGUGGUGGAUGGGACAAGAGAUCCUUCGAUGAGGCCCAGGCACAGAAAAUGGCGUACAAUGCAUACGCUCCACAAUAAGCCAAUCAACCAACCAAUUUUAGACUUACGAAGCAAUUCUCCUUGUAUGAUAAUUGGACCAAUUUUUCUGGUCAUCCAUUUCUUCCACUUAAGUAGUUCUUCUUGUUUCCCUGUUCCCCGUUUUCACGCAGGACUCUCUUCGUACAAACUGAACAAUCCAGUCAUGUUUUUUUAACGCCUAGCUAGAGUAAUGUUUAUAUUUUUUGGUUAAAUUAAUAUUUAAAUACUUAAAUUAUUAUUGAAAGUCUCUAAAGCAAUGUAUUUGUUGUACAAAACACAAAAACACACAGGUUAUUUAUAAUGAUUGUUAUUUAUUUGCUGUAUUUAUAAAUAAACGAAUAAUUUAUUCUUUA